CUUGACUCGCUUUCUCACCACCGCCUCAGCCGUCGCCUCAACAUGGAAGACGUUGAUACUCGCAAAGUCAUCGUUAUCCAUUCUGACGCCUCAGAUAUUGAACCAGGCCAAGUGACAACCGUAGGGGAAUCUGCCUCGCCUCGGAAAAGGAAGAAGAGAAAACAAACCAGUCGAGAAAAAGAGGGGUCUACUAGAAAUGAGGGACAGGCGGAAGGUUCCUCAUUUGGUCGAGAAGCGAGGCGCGAACGACGAAAAAAGUCGCGGCUCGAAAAACAGGCUACUGGCUCUGGCUCGCGAGAUCCCAGCUCGGAACGACACGCUCCCAAGAGCCGUAGCCGCUCUCCUGGCUCUUUGGACAACUCGAAGCUUUUCUACUUUGACCUUGCCCCAGUUGUUCUACCCAACAUAAUUGAUAAGGUUGCAAAGACGGAUGAGGAGGAUGGUCCUUCAAAGUUACUUCUACCGUCUCAUGUUCAGGUCCUGGGAUCUGUUCCCGUUGAAAUACUUCCACCAUCUCCUUCAGACUUUGAGGACGAGGAUUACAUUGACUAUCUGGAUUACGAUGACCGAAAGGGUUUGGUCCGGUAUUUUGAGAAGCCUGAGGAUAAGUCAACAAAAGUUGUGUGCAAGAACUGCGGUGCCGAAGGCGAACAUACAACCUAUAAAUGUCCUGUGAUGAUAUGCCUUACCUGUGGGGCUCGUGAUGAGCAUCCCACAAGAUCUUGCCCGAUCAGUAAGAAUUGUUUUAAAUGCGGGAUGAAGGGACACAUCAAUACUAACUGCCCUAAUAAAUAUCAAAGCCAAGGGUCCAUAGGUGAUACCUGUCGUCGCUGUGGAUAUCGCAGUCAUAUCACAUCUGAAUGCCCAACAUGGUGGCGUAUCUAUGCUUAUAUUACAGAAAACGAACGCGUCCAAAUACUCAAUGCACGUUGCAAUAAAUCCAAAGCAGGUCUCGGGAAUGGAGGAGAAGGAUACAUUGCCGAAGAUGAAUGGUGUUACAAUUGCGGAGUCGAGGGUCAUUGGGGUGAUGACUGCAACAAUGCUCCUCAUGCGUACGGAGUACCUGAAGACUAUUCUGCCUUCGGAUCAAAUAAUCUGCACACAGGACCGUUUGCAGACGUCGAGGUGGAUAUGAGCCCAGCAAUACCGCGGCGUGGAGCCCGUGACUGGGAGAAAGAGAUCGACGUCGUGGACAAUGUAGGAAAGAAGGGCAAGCGAAAGGCCAUCGAGAUACUGGAAAGAUCUGCUCAGCAACAGUUAGAGAACGAUGGUGACGAUUGGUUCAGGAACAGAGGAGGAGGAAAAGAGUCAAAAGCGGCCAAAUCCCGUGCAAACUGCAAACCCGCGAAGAAACUCAUGUUCAGCCAAUCAAUCAAAUCGGGUCUCUUGGAUCGCAUGGGUGAUACUGCAAUCGACGUGGAACCGUCUAAACGGGGGAAAUCGGAGAAAGAGGAAAGCAGAAGACAGAGAGAAAAGCGAUCCCACUCGGACAAGCCUUCUUCAUCUCGGUCAAGGCAAAGCAAUCCAUAUGAUACUUUCUCGAAUGCUAGGCCUGUUAGAGGGUCAAGUCGAUAUUACGAGUACAGACAUAGAGAUUACGAUCGCCGUGGGCCUAGAUACAACGGCGGGUAUACUAGAUAAUUGGUUCUAUCCUCUAUAUAACAUGUUAAUAUUGUGA